AUGCUGUUUCACUCAAUUUUCUGGUUGGCUCUGUUCUGCUUGGCUGGCCCGCAAGCGGUACGCACCGAGCCGUACAAUUUGACAUCUGUGGGCUCCGCUGACGUCAUCACAUCGUCGGAUUUAUUGCUGUUGGCGUCGGAGGAGACACCGACGAGGGCGCCGCGACCCGUGACAAAACAGGGCGACCCACUAUGGGUUACGGAUUGCUCGGAACCUCUCAAUAAGGAUAUUUCGUGCUCUGUGAAUAUUAUCGGUUGCUCGGACAAUGUCUACAAGUACGUGGAGCCGGGACUUGAGCCCCCGCGAGCUCAUGACGUUCGAGUUGCACCAACCACCAAGGUCCGCGGAGCAAACAAGAUAGAUAAUCGGAAGCAUCGACUCCACGUGGAUGUCUCCUGGCAAAUGCCCCAACUCGAGCGGAAUACGACAUUGAAGGCGUUCAAAUUGAUAGUCAAUGGUCCGGAUGGAAGAAACACAUGUUUUGUGUUCAAUGUGACCCAGACUGCAAAGCGGGAGGAUAUGUCGCCCCGCUACCGUUUCUCCUCCAACACUCUCUUCGAGUUUGGUGACACUUACACCGUCACCGUCGUCAGUCUUCCAAUAUCGAGGAAACGUGCACCAAAAGUGUCAACCACGAGUCUGAUGCCCGAUGAUCCGGAUGCAGCACUUUCAACGAAACUCGUGAAAACACACCCGGCAACGUGCACCGGCAAAUCAAAUCCGCAAGCGUCAAAAUGGGCAGCCAGCUUCCGGAAAAUAUUCUUGUUCAGUGCGAUUCGAAUGAUUCAGAUUGAGUUCCUCGCCGCACCUCCACAAUAUUGUUUUGAGGAGUAUGAGGUCCGUCUUCUGGAUAGCUCUGGCAUCGUAAUGCUUCAAUACGCUGUGAUCUCUAAAGAAGAUCUCAAAACGGAGACAAUAAACGGGAAAAAGGUCCAAUUCGGGGAAUACAAUUUCACGGAUAUUGAGCUGGACACCAAUGUGAUUCCAUCAGUCAUUCCGAUUGAAACCAGUCGUGAUGGUCGAUGCUUGUGUGAGACUGAAAAUGGUUGCAGCUGCUUGGCAGCUGAUUGGAAGCCAGUUAAAUUGACAAGUGAGUCAGAAGAAACAAUAUUGAGAGAUGGUGUAUAUGAAAAUGUUUCAGAGAUAGAAAAGCCGCCAAUGCAGACGAAUGAGACGGUGGAGAUGGAUGAUAUGGCGCAGAAGGAUCGGACGGAUCCCGGGACGUGGCAUUGGCACACCUACGCCCUCACCGGUGUGAUUCUCUUGGUUAUCGUAUUCGUUCUCCUGAUAUGUUCUGGUCCCAAAUGCUACCGAAGAUUCCGAAAGACGAAAAAAGCCGGAAAUGUGCAUUUGAUGAAUGAGAACCCGGCGUUCUCACACUCUGGAUCGAUUCCGUUGAUUUUGAAGCAAUCCGUCUCUGUCCUAAUCCUCUACAGUCACGAUUCGGCCCAACAUGAAGCGGCGGUUCUGGCGUUCGCUGAACUUUUAAGAGAUGUGUUCCAUUUGAAUGUUCAUCUCGACGCAUGGGACGAGGAUGAUAUUGAAGAGAAUCGUGCGGAGUAUAUCAAUGCCAGUAUAGUAAGAGCUGAUAAGGUGAUACUAAUCAACUCUAUCGGAGCCUACUACCGAACCAUUUUCCGUCAUAAAAUGGAGCCAGCAUUAGAGAGAGUGGUCCGAGGGAGAAACGAUGGAAUUUUCCACCUGCAAUGUGAACUGGCGUUACAACACCCCUGCGUCAUCUCCUGUCACUUCAACUACACCAACCCCAAAUACAUUCUGUUCCCUGUAACACGCCUUCUACAGUACGCCAUCCCAGACAACCUAAUGACCAUGACUACAUCGCUCACCGGUCAACCAGCCCGACCGGAACAGUUGGCUGGCUUCAACCAAUCUUUUGCUAGGUUACAAGCAGCAGUUUCACGGAAAGCGCAUUACAUAGAGAGUGAUCCUCAGUGGUUCGAGAAUACGCAUCAUAGAGUGGCACCAAAUCCAGUGAUCCCUGAGGAAGAGAAGCCGGUGAUUGAAGUGGUUCCAUUGCCGCCAAGUUUAAGGUUGGCGACGGAGUAUGAGAAUAUGGAGACGAUGGCAAUGGACGACUUGGAGAAAAAGUUGGAAAAGAGUCAGGAGCCAUCCGAUGUUACUGUAGAAAUAGAAGAGGAUCAUAACAUCACUCUAGAUUAUGGACCAAGGAAGUCGGACUUGUUAGGGUACAUGGAACCAAGUUCUGCGAAUGAUGUCACCAUAGACUUGGAAGAGGAAGAAGAUGACGUGGAUUCGAUGGAAGAUUCUAGUCCGACUGCGCGGAUAGAAGAGCUGCAAAGGCUGAUAGUGAGCACUGAUAAGGGGCAUGAUUCGGGAAAUUUGGAUUCGGCGUAUGUUAGUGGAUCUGAUUUCUCGACGGAUAUUCAUACAGAUAUCCUCGACAAACCCCGACAAUCACCGGAAAAAGAUCGUCGGAAAGCGGCUCGAGAAGAUUCUGCAUUCCAUGAUGACGUCAUUGGUGUACAUUGA